GGGGUCGGUAGAAGAUGGCGGCGGCCGACGGGGGUUGGUGUCUGUGCGAGUCGUUGAGGUUUUUUUAUUCAUUAUUCUUACCUGGGCUGAAGGUAUGUGGAGCUUUAUGUGUAUGUUUGGUCCUUGUCCUUUGGGGAAUCAGACUGCACUUACAGGGAAAGAAAAAAUCGUCAACUAGCAAAAAUGGGAAAAAUCAAAUGGUGAUUGCAUUUUUUCAUCCGUACUGCAAUGCUGGCGGAGGAGGAGAGAGAGUUUUAUGGUGUGCCUUAAGGGCUCUGCAGAAAAAGUAUCCUGAAGCAGUUUAUGUUGUUUAUACUGGUGAUGUUCAUGUCAGUGGUGAACAGAUACUGGAAGGUGCUUUCAGAAGAUUUAACAUCAGAUUAAUUUACCCAGUGAAGUUUGUUUUCUUAAGAAAACGCUACCUUGUGGAAGAUUCACUCUAUCCUCACUUUACCUUGCUGGGCCAAAGUCUAGGAUCCAUUGUUCUUGGCUGGGAGGCUCUGAUGCAGUGUGUUCCUGAUGUCUACAUCGAUUCCAUGGGAUACGCUUUCACACUUCCUCUGUUUAAGUUUGUAGGGGCUUGCCGAGUCGGAAGCUAUGUUCAUUAUCCCACUAUCAGCACUGACAUGCUCUCUGUAGUGAAGAAUCAAAAUGUUGGAUUUAAUAAUGCCGCCUUCAUUACCAGGAAUCCUUUCCUCAGCAAAGUAAAGCUCAUCUACUACUAUUUAUUUGCUUUUGUUUACGGACUUGUAGGUUCUUGCAGUGAUGUUGUCAUGGUCAAUUCUUCUUGGACACUAAACCAUAUUCUUUCACUGUGGAAGGCUGGGAAUCGCACUAAUGUUGUUUAUCCACCUUGUGAUGUGCAGACAUUUCUGGACAUUCCCUUAUAUGAGAAAAAGAUGACCCCGGGACAUUUACUAGUUUCCAUUGGUCAGUUCAGGCCUGAAAAGAAUCAUUCUUUACAGAUCAGAGCCUUUGCUAAAUUACUGGAUAACAAGACAGCUGAGUCACUUCCUUCACUUAAACUUGUUCUCAUUGGAGGUUGUCGUAACAAAGAUGAUGAGUUUAGGGUAAACCAACUGAAAAGGCUAUCUGAGGCUCUAGGAGUUCAAGAAGAUGUGGAAUUUAAAAUAAAUAUUCCAUUUGAUGAAUUAAAGAAUUACUUGUCUGAGGCAACAGUUGGUCUUCAUACCAUGUGGAAUGAGCAUUUUGGGAUUGGAAUUGUGGAGUGUAUGGCAGCUGGCACAAUUAUCCUUGCACACAAUUCAGGGGGGCCAAAGCUUGACAUUGUAGUUCCUCACGAAGGAGAUAUAACUGGAUUUCUGGCUGAAAGUGAAGAAGGUUAUGCUGAGACUAUGGCUCAUAUUCUUUCCAUGUCUGCGGAAAAGAGACUCCAAAUCAGAAAAAAUGCCCGUGCAUCUGUCAGCAGAUUCUCUGAUCAGGAGUUUGAGGUGGCAUUUCUAUCAUCUGUGGAAAAGUUAUUUAAAUAAUGCUUCAUCUGCACAAAUUAAAGAUAUUUUAUAUAAAAUGGUUAAGCACCUUCGAAUGUAAAUAUUUUUCUAAACUGAUUCCCUGUUGUAAUGAAGUCAGCCUGAGCAGUGUUCACAGCAGUAUGUAAAUGGCCAAGAUAUUUAUUUCUAUGAAAAAGAAAAGCAAAUGUGCCUAAAUGGAAAAGGUAGUUUUAUGUAGUGAAUAAAAUGUCAAAGGUUAAAUGUAAAAACUUUUAGAUUAGGGUUUGGUCUCAAAUUCUGAAAAAUAAGGUGGUGAAAGAAAAAAAUUAAUAAUCUUGAAGUUUGGUAUAUCUCAUAUUUUUCAAAUCCUUUUUGUCAGACCACUACAUUAGAAAAUAGAGUUAAAGGAAAUGUUGAAAGAAAAAUGGAUGACUUAUAACUGAUGAGCUAGCACUGGCAAUUUUGGAACACUUAGAAAAAUUCUGGUACAUUUGAAUACUAAACAAUAUUGUGGGUGACCCUUUUGAAUCUACCUAAUGAUUUUUAUUAAAAGAGAAAAGAAACUUUAAACAAGUUUAUCUAAUCAUAUUCUAAAAGCCUAUAGUCAAAAGACAUGACUGCCUGUGACUGCUUUAUGGGUGUAGAAGCCUAGGUACUAUCCUUUUUGUGACUGGGAGUUUGCAAAAUUGUUUUUUGUUUAAUGCCAGAUGCACAUUUGUGUGGGCUUCUCUCCUUAUGCCUCAACUGCUCCACAUCUCAGCAGCUGGCAGUCAGCUUUAAGUCAUUGAUUCAAAAGGUCUGAGUGAGAAUUUCCAGGUAAGUUGUUCCUGUGUGGUCUCCUGAUCCAUCUGCACGGUCUGUCAGCAUCAUUUGGUGUAAGAUGGCGAAAGGGCACUGGACUAGCAGUAAGAAUACCUCAGCCCAGCCCCCACUUCACCAUUUACAAACCUCUGAUCUUUCAACAUCAAGGCUACCCCUUAAUGUCUCUGAGCCUCAUAUUCUUCAUCUAGAAUCUGGGGGUGUUAAAACUUGUCCUCCUUUUCACAAAGAUGGCGCCAAAAGCGAAAAAGUAACCCUUGCCCCUCCCAAAACCGAAGCCAAAGCAAAGGCUUUGAAAGCCAAGAAGGCUGUCCUGAAAGGCGUCCACAGCCACAAGAAAAAGAAGAGCCACACUUCACCCACAUUCCAGCAGCCUAAGAUGCUGCAUCUCAGAAGACAGCCCAGAUACCCUUGGACAAGCACCCCCAAGAGAAACAAGCUUGACCACUGUGCCAUCAUCAAGUUCCCCCUGACCACUGAGUCAGCCAUGAAGAAGAUUGAAGACAACAACACACUUGUGUUCAUUGUGGAUGUCAGGGCCAACAAGCACCAGAGCAAACAGGCUGUGAGUAAGCUCUGUGACGUUGAAGUGGCAGAGGUCAACACCCUGAUCAGACUGGGAUCAUCUAAAGUUAGUCCAGCUGGCAAAUUCUAAAUAUAAGUUUUUUGACCAUUUAAAAAAAAAAAACCUGUCCUCCCUACCUUUUAGAUUUGUGAUGCUGAGAUAGAAAGUAUGUGAAAGUACGAAAGUACUUUGAAAAUUACAAAAGUUACUUUAAAGGUAACAAUAUAUAAUAAAUAUCUUCUGUGAUCCCAUCUUUAUCAGUGCAAUACAACUCUAUGGAUUCUUGGUUUCUAAACCAUUAGCUAGGAAUCAGUAUAAAUUUAACAGGAUAAAUUUAACAGUUAAUAACUAGCAUAGAAAAGUUAAUAUUGCUUGGGCAGUUAUGACUAAUGAGAGCUGUAUGUAAACAACUUCUAGCAUUUUCUGCAUACAUAAUCAUUUCCUUCUAGUUUGGUGAAUUGUUCUCCUUCACAGUCUGAUACAUCUUUGUGAGUGGCAUCAAAAGAGGUGUAUUAUUCCUUUCUUCUAACCUUGCAUCAAUCCAGAUAGCUUUAUUAUCUACUCCCAAUUACAUUUUUGAUAUGUCAGCAUGGUCACAGGCCAUCUUCUAUCACCGAAUCAAAAAGAAGCAACGCAUAGAGUCCCAGGGUGUUCUGACACACCAACAUAGCUUUGCAUUGGAGAUCACUCAACUUAGAACAGAAGGACUGGGAGAAAUUGGAGUUGGAAGGAACCCUACAAUAUAUAGUUCUGUUUUCUCUUAUUUUCAGUAUUACAGAUAAGAACAGUUUAAAGAACUUAGUUGACUCCUUCAGCGUCACUAAACUGACAAAUUAGAAUUAUAACCUGAGUGUUCUGACUCCCAGCCCAGUGAGACUUAUCUUACAGCCAGUCCAUGGCCCAUUCAAGCUACACAUUUAUGCAAAUAAAAUCAUGGGACUAAAAAUAAAGAAAUGGAACAGCAAAAGUAGAAGAUAUCGUGAAGGAAGAAAGGAUUCUGGAAUUCCAUAAAAUAUUUUAAUAUGUUUCUUCAAAAUGAUUUUCAUUUACCACAAACAUGAUUGGAAAAUAUAAUUUGGCAUAUAUGUCCUCUUCCAACAUUUGUAAUGUGCUAUUAUGCAUAUUUAAUUUUUUUCUGAAUGAUGAUUCCAUGGAAAGUGUCAAAGCAACAUGUCUGUCAGAGAACUUCUGCAACUAUCAAUUCCUGGAAGAAGUUGCUUUUAAGUGGUCCAAAUAUGCUAUGUUUUAAACCCUUAGCAGUGGUGGGUCACAUUCUUAUUCCCAGUGUGAGCUAUAAAAUACACGUGAUAAUUUCUUUGUAUAAUAGUCUUCUCCAACUGCUGGUUUGCAUUUAAAUAUGCAUAUUUAGAAAUUGUUUUCAUCUAUCUUGGACACUUUUCCCAGCAUGGGGCCUCAUUCUGCAUUAUUUGUUAUCUCAUAAUAAUUCCAAGAUAUUUAAAAAAACAACAAAACAAAACUUUCCUGCUCCUGGUACCCAAGUAGAAUAGGUUGUCAGGUUUAACAGACUUCUUUUUAAUGGAUAUUUCAGACAUACAGGAACUAUAUGUACUUUAAUAAUCUUCAGGGUAUUUUACAAGGUCAUCCUAUGGAUAAAAUUGAGAUGGGGUCAAUGUGAUUAUUAGUGCUUUCAGAAUAUUUGUGUUAAUUAUGUAAAUAUACCCUAGACUCUAGGACUGUGAAUAUAAAUAAAUAGUGUUUCUGUGCUAAA